UGUGCCGGUGCGCUAGAAACUCCCGCCAUUUCGACAAGGAAUUAACCUCUUGAUUGAUGCAGGGUUACUUUUUCGUAACGCUUCCUUACACUCUUAUCUGACAGGGAGAAGUUCCGACUGUACGAAAAUGCAGCGAAGACAACUGAUUAAACGAGAGCAGGCCUAGUUUGCACAGACUUGGGACUGUACAGCGCGCCAGACCUCAUGCUGAGCUGAGCUUCGGCUGUUGCCGCGAGUUUGAUUUUGGUGUGGUUUUGCAUCCUUUCGUGUUCAUCCGGAGCUAAAAGUUUACCAACUGUCUCGAGAGACAACUCCAGCAACCUUUUUUACACCCAAGUCAUAGCGUGGAACCAUCAUGACACCACUACUAGAGGAGAGAAGAAGGAUGCGAUGAGGUGGUUGGCAAGAAGCGCACUGUUAUUGUUUUGCAACAAGAUAGCGAUCCAGCCUACUAGCUAGUCAGCUAGCUGCUACACGUUGGGUGCCGGGCCUGCCGGCGGUAACGUGAACCGUGCUAAGAUAAUUCGGGACGCUUGGAUACAUGCUAAGGACAUUUUAUUGUAUAUUAUUGUACUAAAUUGUCUCUAGAAGAUCUGAUUUUAGCGUUGGCACCCGUGCCAUCUGAAGAUUUGAAAUGGCACCGCUUUUGGGCCGGAAACCUUACCCUCUGGCUAAACCGCUAGCCGAGCCACCAGGCCCGGGAGAGGAGGUCUACAUCAUCGAGCACACCAAGGAGGCCUUCAGGAACAAAGAAGAGUAUGAGUCACGCUUGCAGAGGUAUGAUGAGCGCAUCUGGACGUGCAAGAGCACUGGAAGCAGCCAGUUGACACAUAAAGAAGCAUGGGAGGAGGAACAAGAAGUCACCGAACUGCUUCAGGAGGAGUAUCCCCAGUGGUUUGAGAAGCCGGUCCUGGAGAUGGUCCACCACAACACAGUGUCUUUAGACAAACUGGUUGAAAUGGCCUGGGUGGAAAUCCUUACCAAGUAUGCUGUGGGUGAAGAGUGUGACUUCCUGGUGGGGAAAGACAAAAGUUUGCAAGUGAAGGUAGUGAAGAUCCACCCCCUAGAAAAUCCAGAGGGCGAGACAGGGGAGAAGAAGCUUGAAGGUGCCUGUGACUCUCCAUCCAGCGACAAGGAGAACGCAAGCCAGGAGAACCAGAGGAAGGAGCCUCUUCCCCGAGAGGAGGAGAACAGGAGGGAGAGUCUCAGUGACAGAGCACGACGUUCUCCGAGGAAACUUCCCACUGCCACGAAGGAAGAGAAGAAGAAGUGGGUAAUGCCCAAAUUCCUUCCUCACAAGUACGAUGUGAAGCUCAUCAACGAGGAUAAGGUGAUCAGUGAUGUCCCUGCAGACAGUCUUUACAGAACAGAGCGCCCUCCAACCAAGGAGAUCAUGCGCUAUUUCAUUAGGCACUAUGCUCUGAGGCUGGGCAUGGGAGAGAGUGCUCCCUGGGUGGUCGAGGAUGAACUGGUGAAAAAGUUUAACCUUCCCAGCAAAUUCAGUGACUUUCUUCUUGAUCCACACAAGUUUUUGGCAGAGAAUCCCUCGACAAAGCGUAAGAGCUUGACAUCUCCAGAGGGUAAACCAAGCAAGAAGCUCAAGACCUCUGACACACCAGGAGAGGAUUCAGGAAAUGAGAAGGGAGAGAAGAAAAGGAAAAAGAAGAAAGACGCUUUAGGCAUGCCCCUUAGUCCCACUAUCUGGGGCCACAUGCAGAAAAUAAAAAUGAAUGGUUCUCCACUCAAGGUUAAGAACUCAGGAACCCCUAAGAAAGGAGAAGGCAAAGGCUCUACAACCUCCACUCCAAAAUCAGGCAGAAAGUCCGGCGACAAGAAAGAAGGAAAGAAAACUGGAAAGAGCGGUGAUAAGAAGCUCAAUGUGCUCAAAGCUUCUAAAAAGGAUGGUAAAGCUGGUGCUAAGACACCGAAGAUGAAGCAGAUGACUCUGCUGCAUCUGGCUAAAAGCACCUCUGCUGGGAGCCCUAAGAAGAGAGCGCGUAGCACUGGCAUGGGUACACCUAAACUGGGGAAGCCACUGCACCCGAUGGCUCUCCACCUCCUUCGUUAUUAUAAGGAGAAUAAAGGCAAAGAGGACAAAAAGAACUCCCUCUCCUCCCUCAUCUCCAAGGCUGCAAAGACCUUAUCCCCAGAUGAUCGUGGCCGUCUGCCGGAGGAGCUCAAGGAGCUGGUGCAGAAACGCUGGGAGCUUCUGGAGCAAAAGAAACGAUGGGCAGCCAUGAGUGAAGAGGAAAGGCAGGAAGAGAUGAAGAAGCGGCGUGAGGAAAUCAAAGAGAAACUGCGAGAAAAGGCCAAGGAGAGACGCGAGAAGGAGAUGCUGGUCCGCCGCGAACAAUCACGUAGAUACGAGGACCAGGAGAUUGAAGGUGGCAAGACCCUGCCGACGUUCAAGCUUGUAGACAUGCCUGAGGGGUUGCCUAACACCCUGUUCGGUGACGUGGCCAUGGUUGUGGACUUCCUGCACUGCUAUGCAGGGCUGUUGAUGCCAGAUGAUCAAUAUCCCAUCACAGCAAUGGCUCUGAUGGAAGCACUGGCCGGGGAGCGGUCCGGCUUCCUCUACCUGAACCGUGUGUUGGUGGUGCUGCUCCAAACGCUGCUGCAGGAUGAGCUGGCAGAGGGCUACAAUGAGCUGGAUAUGCCCUUAUCUGAGAUCCCCCUUACCAUGCACUCAGUGUCCGAGCUGGCACGGUUGUGUCUGCGACCAUGCGAUGCUCAUGGUGAGGAGAGUGGCAAGGGCUCAGAGGACUUGGGGCCCAUGGGGGGCUUUGAUGAUGUGGUAACCAGUGAGUUCCUGGAGAAGCUUGAGACAAUCGAGGUGUUUGAGCUGAGCCCCGAGGAGAAGGUCAGCCUGCUGGUGGCGCUGUGCCACCGCAUCCUCAUGACCUACUCAGUGGAAGACCAUGUUGAUGAAAUGCAGCAGCGGUCAGCUGAGCUGUGGAAGGAGCGCCUGGCUAUGCUGAAAGAAGUCAAUGAUCGCAAGAAGGCUGAGAGGAAGAGGCGGAAGGAGAUGGAAGGCAAAGGUGAAAAGAAAAAAGAGGGGGGUUCUAAGAAGGAGGCCAAAAAAGAAGUAAAGGUGGAGCAGGAGCCAGAGCCAGAGGACAUGAUCAGCUCAGUGAAGAGCCGGCGGCUGAUGGCAAUGCAGGCCAAGAAGGAGAAGGAGGAGAUGGACAGGCAGAACAAAGAGCGUAUGGAGAAAGAGGCUGAAGAAGAGCGGAUGCGUAAACAGAGGGCUGCUGCAGAGAGGGCCUUCCAGGACGGGAUAACCAAAGCCAGACUUGUCAUGCGCAGGACCCCGCUGGGUACAGACAGAAAUCAUAACAGAUACUGGCUUUUCUCCGAUGUGGUUCCUGGUCUGUAUAUUGAGAAAGGCUGGGUGCAUGAAAGCAUCGACUACAGCUUCACCCCUCCACCUGAAGAAAAACCAGCUGAGCCUGAAGAGGAGGAGGAUGGUGAGUCAGCUGCUGCUCAUGACUCACAAGGAGCUGAAAAGGAUGACGGUAGCAUAGAUGGUGCUAUUAGUGAAGCAGCCCAGCAGGGAGCAGCAGCAGACGUCUGUAUAGAAACCACUGCUCCCAAACAGGGACAGAACCUCUGGUUCAUAUGUGACAACCCAGCUGACCUGGAAGAACUGGUGGAAGGUCUUCACCCUCAGGGGGUCAGAGAGAGUGAACUGAAGGCGAAGAUACAAAGCAGGUAUCAGGACAUCGUCCACUCCAUCCAUCUGACACGUAAGGCCAGACUAGGCCUCAGGACUUGUGAUGGCUACACAGAGCUGCUCAAAUAUCUGUGCAGUGACAUUCAGGAGGUGGCUUCACGGCUCCAGAAGGGAGGCCUGGGAUACCUGGAUGACAACAUGGACAUCGAAGAUCGGUUGAAAGACACGCAGAGCUUGAAAGACUUUGGCGAGUGCAUCAUCACCAUUCAGGCCUGUGUAAUCAAGAAGUUCCUGCAGGGAUUCAUGGCACCUAAACAGAAAAAGAAGAAAAAGCAUGGAGGCGAAGAAAGCAGCAAGGCUGAAGAGGUGGAUGAGGAGAAGAGACUGGCAGAGGAGGCGAGGGUAGCUACAGCAGUAGAGAAGUGGAAGACAGCUAUCAGAGAGGCCCAGACCUUUUCCCGCAUGCAUGUACUGCUGGGAAUGUUGGACGCUUGCAUAAAGUGGGACAUGUCUGCUGAGAACGCUCGCUGCAAAGUCUGUCGCAGGAAAGGUGACGAUGAGAAACUUAUCCUCUGUGAUGAGUGUAACAAGGCCUUCCACCUGUUCUGUCUGCGACCGGCCCUGUACCGCAUCCCUCACGGAGAGUGGCUGUGUCCUGCCUGCCAGCCCACUGUGGCCAGACGUGGCUCCCGGUCAAGGAACUAUAACCAAGACACAGAGGAAGAAGAGGAUGAGGAGGAGUCUGAAGAGGAGGAGUCUGAAGUAGAUGAGGACGAUGAGGACGACAGCGACUACAAAAUCACUAGGCACAGAUUGAGAUCAAGGAAGAAAAAUAAGCAGACUUCAUCACGGCAGAAAAGUUCAAAAAGUAAAUCCAAGAAGCAGUCGUCUAGUAGUCAGAGCAGCAAACAGAGGGCCGGCCCCAACAGCCCUGCAGACAUUGAUGACCUGGUGCGACAGAGUUCCCAGUCAGGAGUGCGCAGGCAGGCGCUGGAACUGGAGAGGUGUGAGGAAAUCCUCAAGAAACUGAUGAAAUUCCGCUACAGCUGGCCUUUCAGGGAGCCCGUGUCCGCCGAGGAAGCAGAGGACUACUUGGACAUCAUCUCUCAGCCCAUGGAUUUCCAGACGAUGCUGGGAAAGUUCAGCCAGGGUUCGUAUCGUCACGCCCAGGACUUCCUGGAAGACAUCAAGCUGGUCUUCUCCAACGCAGAGGAGUAUAACCAGCAGGGCAGCACCGUGCUCUCCUGUAUGGUCAAGACGGAGCAGACCUUCACCGAGCUGCUCCAAAAGCUGCUGCCUGGCCUCAGCUACCUCCGCCGGCGUUCACGCAAACGAGUCAGCCGAGCCCCAGCAACAUCUGAGGAAGACGAGGAAGAAGAAGAUGAUGAGGAGGCAGAGGAGGAGGAGGAGCAGGAGGAGGAGGAGGAGGAGGAUGAAGAGCAGGAAGAGGAGCCGAAGAAGAAGAUGCAGAAUGGCAAAUCAAACAGUAAGAAAAGCAGAAAUUGUCGAGGACGGAGGGAUGAGGAGAGCGAGAGCGAGGAAGAAGAGGAGGAGGGGGAUGACGAGGAGGAGGAUGAGGAGGAGGGUGAUGAUGAUGGCAGGAGGAGAAGUAAGCGGACCUCUGCCACCUCAGGCAGGAAAGAUUACAGGGAGCCGGAUAGCGAUGGUGAGCGGGACACACGGAGAACUCGUCAGCGGGGGGGCCGGGGUGACGCAGGGGGGGCGAGCAGCGACGAUGACCGGUCCAGCCAGCAGCGACAUUCCAAGAGGCAGAAACGCUCAUGAAGUCCAGGGUGCUUUUUGUUGUUUUUGUCGUCUCUUUGCUUUAAAAAAUUUUUGUCCCGCUCCUUUAAGAAAAAAAAAAAAGAAAAAAAAAAAGCUCGAGACCCCUCCAUCUCCUCCCACAGCCAGCGGGGCUCAAUCCUCAGAAGGACUCUUUUUGUUUUAUUGAAUUUAUGUUCAUAUUUUGAAAAACGACAAAACUGAUUUAUAUUUGUAACAUGUUUAAUAUUGGUGAUGCUUUUUUUCCAACCAAGAAAAGAGGUAAUGGAGAGGUCCUCAUAGCUCUUAAGACUCUUUGAUUUGAAUUUCAGUUCCAAGUUGACAACCUUACAUACAUUGCUUUGUUUUUUACCUUUGCUCUCCCCAUGCACCAGUACAUCGUAAUCAGAUAUAUGUCCUCAUUCAUAGUCCAGCCAUCACUUUACUGGGGUUUUUCAGGAUAGUAGUCCAGCUGUAAAAUGUUUGUCCCACUCACAUCUCUGUUACAAGUCAUCAUGUUUUCACUGACUAACAGUACUUCUUAAAGAGAUGGUGUCAAUGUAGCUGAAACCCUCUUUCUUGGCUUAGAAACAGCACUGAUGGCUGAUUAUGAAUUUUUCUGUCACCUGUAAAUCGCUCUUACUACUAAGCAUCUUGCCACCAAGAUUAUCUUUGGUCAAAUGCAAGUCUAUAGAUAAACACGAUAGGAUUUUACUAGUUGUAGUAGUUGUUUUCCAGCCCAGGUUCAGAUUUCUUGUGAAAAGUCGAGUCGAGACUGCAGAUCACACAUGUAGUCACAUCAUUUUAAUGCAAGAAGAAAAGAAAAAAAAAAAAAAAAAAAUCAUCUCAGCUCUCGGUGCCAAGCUUCGAGUCUCAUUCUUGGUGCGUAGAGCUGGCCAGCCUUUCCUCCUCUGUAGUGCCCUGCCACUUUAAAAAGAACCGGUACCUCAAUGCUCCGUCAGUUUGCACUCCUGUGUAAAGUGCGCCUACUAUGCCAGCAGCUGCAGGACCAUACUUUAUUGAAUUUUGUGCAUAAACAUUUGUAAACAGUGUUUAAAACAACAAAUGUGAUGUUUGUUAAAAAAAGAAAAAAACGGGCAUUUUUGAAUAUUUGAUAUUUUUUGCACAUUUUAUUUGGUAUUGUAAAUGAUAACUUGAUGAUCUUAUUCACAUCCAAUAAAUUGCAAGGUUUAACCAGGGCUCUCGUAGUCAAUACAGAGAACAUGUCAGAGUUAUUGUAGUUUUCAUUGUCGCAGCAGAAACCAUCACUUGCUUGUACAUUUUGUAACAAACCCCUAAUGUCCCCUGUCAUUCCUUAAUGUGGAAUUGGUGACACAAACGGUGUGGCUUAAAGCAACAAGGUAAAUGAAGGUUUCCCAGCAUGUCCUGGUUCAGUCACCAGGUGGUGCUCUCUUCCUGCUCUUUGUCCCAGCAUUUUCCAAGUAAUACAGUGAUACUGCUGUGUUUGCUGGACUGCUAUAACACCUGACUGCCACAGGUUUGUGCUCUCACUGUCCAUUAAAGCAGGGGAGCUCCAUAGUGCUGGUAUAUUUUGACUUUUGUAGUAACUUCUAAACAGGGGGCAGGAAAACUGCUGCAGCAAAUUGUUUUCAUUUUGAAUCAGACAAAACAUUUAAAUGAAAACUUUUUUGAAUGUGCAGCAGUUUCUCUAAUUUGUAUCGAGGUGUAUAUAUACAUAUAUACAUACUGAUAAGGCAGUGGUUGGUUUGCCCUCUUCUGUCUGUACUGUGCUGUGUUGUUCUCCUGUUUUUCUAGUGCUGUUAUCAUCAAGACUUUACUGAUUUCAUUUGGCCACUGAUUGUUUUUUGUUUUUUUUACCCGCCACCCCCCUUCAUUAUUUUUGUUUCAAUUCGGCUUUGUUCCUGACAUGAAGCAAAAGGUGACUGCCCCUCUCAAAAUGAGACCUGACUGUAAAUGCUUUCUUUAUUCUUGGAGGAACUGCAAAAGUCUUUUACACUUCCUUUUUUAUAUAUAUAUUUAUAGUCUCUAAAGUUGGGUUUGGGCAGGUUCGGAGGAUUUACAUGUAAAGAAUUUCCAAUAAAGGCUAUGGACGAAGA